AUGUUCGCGCGAUCAUGUACGCAUUCCAUAUUCUCAUUGCGAAGCAGAAGUAAAAUCACGGCCUGUCUCGCUCAGGGAGUGAUUCUCAAGAUGGGUUGCUUUAGGGAGCUAGUGGGUGCAAUCCUCCAAACAGGGGCCGGUGGGGCUGUGGCGAUUGAAUGGCUUGACUACACUGUGGUCGCAUUCUACGAGGAUAUCAUCUGGCAGUUAGUAUUUACAUCCUUACGGAAUUCUAAGCGAGGCAAAUACGGCACUAGUUUAGCGCAAAAAUCGACAGAAUUGUUCACGCUUUACCAGACUUCCCUGGAAGUUCUGCGCACGUCUUGCACUGCUAAGCCCUUGGCAGGUAAAACGGACCAACAACAAACUACGAAACUGGAAAGUAAACGAUAUUCGCUGCUGAGGAGUGCUGAGUUGCAUAAGUAUAUCUCUUGUUUUAGUAAUGCUGUACCUUUUCACGGCUGUUCUCCUGAAAAAUUCGACCGUAACCAGCGUUUUGCAGGGCAUAAUACUGAUCCGAAAUCUCGCAGCGCGGUAAGAAUUCUAGCCCAUCUAACAGCUUCGUUAUUCAAACUCUACAUAUGGAAAUUUAGACAAGCUGUCUUCCCCUCUAAAAUAAUCAAGAAGUGGACCGGUCUCGGUGACUCGUUUGCAGCCGGCUCUGGAGCUAGUGGGCCAUAUGACGAUAAUUCUACGUGCAUGCGCGGACGGGGUGGCCAGAAGCCGAAACCCUUACGGGUGAUACGACAAUCACAGCACUUCCAAUUACAGCCAGGUGCAAUAAAGCCAUGUAUAGUUCUCAUUGGGCUGAUUAGUAUGGCAGGCAACGACGUUCGUUUCAGCUCCAUUCUCAAAGCAUGCAUCUACAAAUUCCCUUUUUGGAUAAGUGUCAAGACGGGCUUGUACAACAACGUCUUUACUGAACUGGUUGACUAUACACUGAUCAAUUCGACGGAGCCCAACUUUGCCGUUACGGACCAGACAUCACAAAAGAUCUGCGAAACGUUGGCUGGACAAUUAGGUAGCCACUGGGGACCCAUUUGCUCACCGCUCUGGAUUGGGUCGACACCGACUGGCGAUACAACAGUCAUAGAUUCUGCAGGCCAGGUGUUAAAGAACCAAGCAAUGACCGGGUACAUGGUUUUUCCACCUUCCCAGACCAAUCAAUAG